GCUGAAGAAUAACGUCCCUGUUUUGAUCCAGAUCGUCCCAUCCUCCCAGGGGACAGGGCAGGGAAAUGGCUGAAGUGGAACAAGCUCAGGGGCCAGUGACCUUCGAGGAGGUGGCUGUGUAUUUCACGGAGGAGGAGUGGACUCUGCUGGAUCCAUGUCAGAGAACCCUCUACAUGGAUGUGAUGCAGGAGAAUUAUGAGAAUGUGACCUUGCUGGCAUUUCCCAUUCCCAGACCUGAGGUGAUCUCCCAGCUGGAACAAGGGGAAGAACCAUGGGGCUAUGUGGAAAGGAAGCUCUUCAAAAACACUUGCACAGCAGGUGAUGUGUUGGUGGGUGAGAAUGAGGAGAAGAACCCUGGGCAGGAAGGUCCUGAGCAAGUGGAACUGCAGGGGACCUUACUGGGAAGACGUGAAGAGGAAGUUUCCCAGAGUCCGGAGCAGGGACAUGCCUGUGAGAGUCAGCCCAGACCAGAGAGGCAGCAGUGGAACCACCAAGAGCAGAGAUCGUGUAAAUCCACUCACCGAGAUGGAGAUCUGAAUAACCUGAAUGAAACUACGAUCCAGCCAAGAAUCUGCACUAAAGAGAAACCGUAUGAAUGUGCUGAUUGCAGGAAAAACUUCAGUCGGAGAUCAAAUCUGAUUGUACAUCAAAGAAUCCACAAGGAAGAGAAACCCUUUAAAUGCCUCAACUGUGGGAAAAUGUUCAAGGUGAAAUCAGACCUUAUUAAACAUCAGAGAAUCCACAGUGGAGAAAGAGCCUAUAAAUGCCCCGAGUGUGGGAAAAGCUUCAGUCAUAGUUCAAAGCUCACUGCACAUCUGAGAGUUCAUACAGGAGAGAGACCCUAUAAAUGCCCUGAGUGUGGGGAAAGCUUCAAGCACAGCUCCUCUGUCUGUAGACAUCAGAGAAUCCACACUGGAGAAAGACCCUAUAAAUGCACCCAGUGUGGGAAAAACUUCACUCAGAGCUCAGUCCUCACUAAACAUCAGAGAACCCACACAGAAGAGUCACCCUAUAGCUGUUCUGUCUGUGGGAAAAGCUACAAGACAAAGUUGGAGCUAAUGUCUCACCAGAAACUACACAAGAUGGCAAAGUGUAAAUGUGCUGCAUUUGAGGAUGACAUGUGUGGUUGA